AUGACCACCAAAGUCGGACCGAAGCUUCUUGGGGCUGCGUAUUAUCGCUCGUUUCGCUGCUUAUGGAUGCUUGAGGAACUUGGUGUUCCGUAUCAGUAUGAGUCGGCACACCCACAAACUGAAAACGUGUUAAAAUACAACCCGCUAGGGAAGGUUCCAAUCUUGGUAGAAGAAGAUGGAUUUUCAAUGUUCGAAAGCUGCGCCAUCAACACAUUUCUGGGAGACAAAUACCGUAAUGCGAACCCCACCUUGGUCCCUCUAGUCGGUACAAACGAAAGGGGGCUUUACGAGCAGACUGUAUCAGUGGUUACAACUGAAAUGGAUGCUCAAGGACUGUGGAUUCAUCGAAAACAUGAAGCAAUGGGUGACUUCUUCACCUUUAUUCCAGAUGCCGUUGCCCACGCACGAAAAUGGUUCCACAAGACAAAUAGGCAGUUGACACAGCAACUGAAAGAAACCGAUGGGUCAUAUUUGCUCGGAAGCAACUUUACUGCGGCUGAUAUUUCCUAUGUCCAUUGUUUGGAAUGGAGUCGAGAAAUUGGAUGGGACGACAAGUGGAAGGACGAUGGAGAAGUUGUGGACUAUUUCAAACUUUGCAGAUCACGACCAGCCUUUCGAAAGGCCCAUGAUAUGAGAAAGGAGGAGCUUGCAGCGGCUGCUUCUCAAAAGAAACAAUCCAAACUUUAG